UGGGCGGGCGGACUGCAACUCUAACAGUCAACCAGCCGAGUUCGAGCCGAAAGCUCGCUCACAAACUCAAGUGCAAUCAAAAAGUUCUGUGACAUAAAUUAACAUGGCUCCUAGGAACAAGGAACAAGAACAGGAGGUGCUGAACUGGAUCAGCGCCGUCCUUGGAGAACCUCUCCCAAGUGCCGCCUAUGAAGACUACCUGAAGGAUGGCGUUGUUCUCUGCAAGCUCAUCAACAAACUGGCCCCAGGAUCAGUCAAGAAGAUCCAAGAGAGGGGAACCAACUUCCAGCUUAUGGAGAACAUCCAAAGGUUCCAAGCCGCCAUCAAGAAGUACGGAGUGCCAGAAGAAGAAAUUUUCCAAACCGCUGACCUGUUCGAGAGGCGUAACAUUCCUCAAGUCACACUCUGCUUAUACGCUUUGGGCAGGAUCACUCAGAAGCACCCUGAAUGGACUGGUCCUCAGUUAGGGCCUAAGAUGGCGGAGAAGAACGAGCGUACCUUCACUGAGGAGCAGCUCCGUGCCCACGAGUCGGAGCUGAACCUGCAGAUGGGUUUCAACAAGGGAGCUUCACAGUCAGGGCACGGUGGCUUCGGCAACACUCGCCAUAUGUAAUUCACCACCUCAUCGCCACUUUCCUAUGCUUGAGACCAACCGAACUAUUCGGAAUGAAACAGUAUUCUUAUGUAUGUCAAAUGAAGGUCGAAAAUUAUGAUUUGUACUCUCUUCCAAGUCAAUGUCUGCAAUGCUUAACAACGUCAAAGAUUGUGUGAUAGUUUUUAAUUGAUUACUAUUAUUAUGGUAGGUACCUAUUAUAACUUCUAACAUCGCUAUACUAUUUUCGUUAAGUAUUUUUUUAUAAAUAUUUAAUUGUAAAUAUUUAACUUUAUCUAAUAAAUAUCGUUUGUAAGUA